AUGUGUUCACUCAUCGGUAUAGUCUCGACUUUCGAGAAUACCACAGAAGAUUUUGAGGUUAUAAUCACAAUCAAGCGCAGGACCACUGCUCAAAGUAGUGAGCUCAUGUUGCUGCACAAAGCAAAGAUGCUGCGAGUAGUCGUCGUGGAAUCAUCGGAGAAAGUUUCUCUGUCGACUGCAAUGAUGGAGGAGUCCCUUUUGCUGUGGCCAAAGUUAAAGUUGAGUUGGGCUCCGCCGGGGACUAAUGUUUUGAAGAUACAAGCAAACCAUUUUGAUUGUGGUGGAAUGGUCAUCGGCUUAACUGGUUCACAUGCAGUUGCGGGUGGAAUAACUAUAUGCUCAUUUCUUAAAGCAUGGGCUGCAACUGCUGCUGGAGUUCUAACAUUUAUUGAAGCACAAUGUCCCAAUUACAUUGCUCCGUCUCUCUUUCCACCAAAUGAUAAAAUUGCAGAAGAAUCUUUAGAUGUGUUCGAUUCAUCGGCCAUAUCAACUCUUAAGGCGAAAUCACUCGGUUCACGUGUUCAAGUCAUGACAGCAUUAAUCUGGAAAUGUUUCAUGGCUGCUUGUGCAGCUGCAAAUAAUUUGCCAUCUCUAAUGGUGCAUGCAGUGGACCUGAGAAGUAGAGCUGUGCCACCCUUCUCCGAAAACUGUUUUGGCAACUUCUUAUAUAUUGCAGCAGCAGCAGCUUAA